UCCCCCUCCUUCUCGCAAAGCAGGAACGCAGCUCUCUCUCUCUAGAGUGUGUGCAGCUUCCCUCUGCACUGAAUGAACUAGAUUCCCGGCCACGUAAGAAGCACAGCGGUACCACGGGAGAGAGGAUGUCCUGCUGAAUCAAGGGAUUGGCCUGGGAAAAUCGGCCGUCCCUUCCUUCCUUCCACAAGCUUGCAGCAGCGUACACACGCAACAGACGACACAUUUCUUCCAUUGGAUAAGUUCGAGCGGAGGAUUGAAAGCGACGACCCUAGCACACAAAGAGCUUCAGCAGUCUCUCCGGAUGGGGGCUUUCUCCUUAUGACAAUCACCGUGCAUGGAUGUGAUCCCGGGGAACAAGGCCGUGCACUGACCUGGUACUCGUUAGCCAAGCAAGCUAACUAGUUAGCUCCGCACCUGCUUGCAAACCCCAUACGAAUUUCAGCAGCAAUUAUUAGCUCAGAAACUUGCUUAAUUUGUUUGGCUGGUGUAUUCUUUACAUGCGACUGCAAGCUGUGUCCAAUUUGUUGUUUCCGUUUUACGAAACGUGUCUUAGCAUUUUACCGGCGAGAUAAGCUAGCGGACCGUUGACUUGGCACCCUUCAUUCAUUUUAAAAGCUAACUUUUGGUAGCCUUUGUUUCAGCUUUUGUCUUGCAUCCACGUUAAAGAAAACGGGACGUGGUUGCACAAGGCUUUCAGAGAGCUCUGGUUUUAUAGUCAGGUACUUCACACAGACUUCAUUUCAUGAAUGUGAAACAAAAGGGAGCAAAUGAGCAGUGGACAAAUUAAACCCUUUUUGAGUACAGUUUCUCGUCUGUUGACACAAAGCCAAAGCACGGUACUGUAAAUUCAGAUUAUUUGGAUUUUCUUCAUACAUAUACGUCAGGAAAACAUUUUAAACUAUCGGUUGAGCUAGCGGUGCCCUAACCAGAGAAGAGGAGAAAACGGAGAAAACCUCGCUCUUUUCGUGGAGAUUUCGCAUCUAUUCCUCAUGAACAUACAGAGGUCAAAUCCAAUCAACAUUUCACGUUAUGGGAGAUCGCGACAUAAAUCGCACGACUUUGAAGAAUUGUCUUGCAUAAGGACUACAGAUUCGAACCAGAGUUUCAGCCCAAACCUCGGGUCCCCCAGCCCACCGGAGACCCCGGACUCCUCGCACUGCAUCUCCCGCAUCGGGGACUACCUUUUGUUGGAGCCGCUGGAGGGAGACCACGUUUUCAGAGCCGCCCACCUGCACAGCGGGGACGAGCUCGUAUGUAAGGUUUUUGACAUCGGCCGAUACCAGGAGUCGCUGGCGGCCUACUUCGCCCUGGGCCAGCAUGAGCACAUCAACCAAAUCCUGGAGAUUUUGCUCGGAGAAACGCGGGCCUACGUGUUCUUCGACAGGAGCCACGGCGACAUGCACUCUUUUGUUCGCACCUGCAAGAAGCUGCGGGAAGACGAGGCAGCUAGGCUCUUCUAUCAGAUAGCUUCAGCCGUGGCACAUUGCCAUGACAACGGACUGGUCCUCCGUGACCUCAAAUUGAGGAAGUUCGUCUUCAAAAAUGAGGACAGAAGCCUUGUUAAACUGGAGAGCCUUGAGGACUCUUAUAUCCUUGCUGGUCUUGACGAUUCCCUGUCAGACAAACAUGGCUGCCCGGCCUACGUCAGUCCGGAGAUCCUCAACGCCAACGGCAGCUAUUCGGGCAAGGCAGCAGACGUCUGGAGUCUGGGUGUCAUGCUUUACACCAUUCUCGUGGGGCGCUACCCUUUCCACGACGUCGAGCCAGGAUCUCUGUUCAGCAAGAUCCGCAGGGGCCACUUCAACAUCCCCGAGACGCUGACUCCGAAGGCCAAGUGCUUGAUCCGCUCUGUAUUGCGUCGGGAGCCAGCGGAGCGCCUCACCUCCCGGGAGAUCCUGGAUCACCCUUGGUUCGCCUCCUCUGGGGUGCUGGGGGGGUUACAGGUGCACAGUAGAGGGGAGAGGGAGCAGGAGCAGAUGGUGCCUGAGGUGAACAUGGAAGAGGAGCUGGAGCUCUUUAGCUGAACUAUCACCAAGCACAAAACAGAUGACACCGCCACGGUCGGCUCGCCACUUCAUCAGCAGAGCCAAAAGAAAAAAAACAGUAGUUUAGAGAUAAAUAGAUGAAUUUGUUACUCAUAAUAAAGGUGUUUCCAUCCUGUUUUCCUUUUCCACCACUUCAUGGAAAACCUUGAGCUUGGCAUGACAAAUGGCAUCUAUACAUCAUCUGGUGAAGCUCUCCCCAUUUGGGAUGUUGCUGCCAGACAUGCAAGUUGCAAACAAUGUAGCAAUUUUUCUUAAAUGUGUUUUGGUUUAAUGUGGUGCUCAUACGAAGUUGAUGCACUUACCAUUUUUGACACUAUUAAACGCAUGAAAGGACAUAUGAAGACGGUAAACCAAGGACAACCAUACUAAACGAACUGCAGCACCACACCUUUUCCUACAGAUUUUGCGUUUUUUGCGUUGUCAUGGCUGUUGCUGGUUAUAGAGCAAGGCCACAGACCCAGAGUUGGAAAGGGCAACCACACGUUUUGUUGCUUAGCCGAUACAACUGAGUUGGGACCACUGGGAAACAGAGCUGUCUGUCUUUUUGUCAUCAUUACUCAAAAAAAAAUGUCUGACCUCAGUUUUGUUUUAUGGUUAGGUUUAGUGUAUCUCAAUUUUGCAAUACUGACAAUUCUGACAGUCACUAAUCUCCUUGGUGGCCUUUUUUCAGUUAUGACUCUGUCUCUUAAGCUUCAAUCAUAUUCUCAUUUUCUGUAUACCAUCAUUUAUUGCUUUUGUUUCUAAGCUAUUCUAAUCUGUUCCUGCUGCUUUAAUAUCUUACCUUAAACCCUUUCAUCCAUUUUCCAUGUAAUCAUCCCAACAUGGCAUCAAGCACUUGGUGUGUUAAGUUAACGGACACUUCCACCUUCUUAAAAUUAGCUUCCUUUUAUUUAAAUUUCAGUUGUAGAAGCGAUAACGUAAUGUUUAUUUAAAUUGUAACAGCUAUAAAAAAAAUAUAUAAAUGAAUAUAAAUAUAUAUUUAAAAACUACAUAGCAGGGUAUUUCUUUACCAAGAGAUUCCUUUUUCAUGUAUGAUGUAGGCAAUAUUUUGACACAGGACAGGUGUAAAGAGAAAAUGCGUCUGUCUAAAGUUUUAGUAAAGCAAAACACCAUCUAUGCCAGUAUUCCUGUGCCCCCAACAGGCAAUGCCACCCAGCCUCUCCUUGAUUUCUUUUGGAGGAAAAAAAACCCCUAGAAAUGGGAUCUUUAGUAGUGGUAUUGCUAUUCCAUGUUCACUCCAUGACCUCAUGUUAGUUUUCCUACUGCCUGUGUAGGUUCUGUGAAAGGAUCAUGCUCAGAUUGGGUAGCAGUGGACAUGUUUUGUCGUAUCUCAAUGUUACUUGAAUUUGUGUUUUUUAACCUAGUCAGUGGCAUGUGCUCCAUGAAUGAUAUAGCCUGCCUAGUGAGGGUAAGGGUGGGUUGGGGUGAGGAGGAUGUUUUCUUUUCAAGAAAAGCUAUUAAACAGGAAAAAAAAAAUCUUAAUUUACUACUUUUCUGAGUUGCUUUUCAGUUAAAAUACGGCUAUAACUUUGUUUCUGUAGACUGAGUUAUCUUUUAUUUAAGUUGGUGCUGAUUUUGGUGCUAAUGUUUAGUUCUUUUGUUUUCGUUCCUUGGCGGGUGGGGUGGUGCAUGGUGGGAUAUCUGCCUCAGAUGUUCAGAUUGUAUUGUAACAGAUUCUGGUGUUUUGUCCAAAUUUAUUCAGUAAAUAAAUUGUGAAAUGAUA